UUGUAUGAAUCAUGUAUAUACAUAUGUCUUGAUAAUUGAUAAAUAUUAGGCCUUAUUUUAAAUGUUACAUUAUUCUAUAUUUCCAAUAUCUGAACGCCGGAGUAAUUUUAUUUGCUUAUUCCUUAAAAUUAAUUGAUCUUUAAUGUGUUUUUUAAGCCUAAAAAAGUAAGAGAGCAUUCAUUACACUGUAAUUCUGCCAUAUGGAUUCAAACGAAUUAGAUAGAAACUGAAGUAAACUCGCAACUAGCUACAGGGCGAAGGUGGUGUAUCAAUCAAAAUACAUAUGUACAUUAAUGGAAUUCUCUGCUCAAUAGUUGUGAAUAUCACAUUUGACUGAACGAAUCGCACACAAUCGUUUCUGUUUUACGCAUAAAUAAAUAAAGCUUAUUUAGUAAUCUUAUCUGAAAGUACACUAUUUGUUAUCGGAAAUCCGCAACAAGACUGCAUUCUAUUUUUGCUUCAACUUACUUGGAGAAUAUUCUGUGAAAGAACACUUGCAUUAUGCAACGGAUUGCUGUUAUUGGUGGCACCGGCAUGACCGGCGAAUGUGUUGUCGAUUAUGCUUUAAAAAAAGGUUUGAAGGUUCGCCUUUUGUAUCGUAGUGAAACGACAUUACCUGAACGCUUUAAGGAUAAAGUUGAUUUAGUCAAAGGAAACGUUUUGAAUUUAGAUGAUUGCAAAAAUGUAAUAGAUGGCGUAGACGGGGUGUGCAUUAUUUUGGGUACGCGUAAUAAAUUGGAGGCCACUACAGAAUUAUCAACGGGUACUCAAAACCUGAUUACGGCGAUGAAGGAAAAGAGCAUACGUCGUUUCUCAAUUGUUAUGUCAUCAUUUUUAUUCCGUCCGCUUAAUGAAGUUCCAGGGGUUUUUCAUAAAUUGAAUGAAGAACAUAAACGUAUGUUGGAUUUGACAAAGGCGUCCGGCUUAGAGUAUGUGGCCAUACUACCACCGCACAUUUCCGAUGAGCCAUCAACCGAUUAUUCUGUGCAACAUGACGAUGCACCUGGUCGAGCUAUUUCCAAAUAUGAUUUGGCAAAAUUUGUAGUAGACUCAUUAGAACAAAACGAACACAUUGGUAAAGUAUGUGGGGUGGCAAAGAAAGUGGCCCAAUAGAACUUGUCUAAUUGCAUCUGUAUUUUAUUAGAGGAAACAUAUAACUAUUUUUGUGUAUACUCAAAAACAAUUAACACAUUCUUUGUUAUAUUUAUGUAAUUAAGAAUAUUUAUCUGGAAGUUAUUUAACACUGAGUGAAAAUGCUAAUUACAAAAUCAGUAUGCCUAAAACGCAGCUAUUGAAUAAAUUUUUGCAAAUAUUUGAAUAACCUA